AAAUAAGAAUGAACAAAAAGUUAUCGACCCCCACCUCCUGAUAGCUACAUGGAUAUAUAGAGAAUGCCGGAAGAAGAAAGGAAAGGCGACUAGUACUAGCAGGCUCUCUAUCUAUAUAUUCAGAAUGGUGGGAGAGAGAAAGCGAGGAAGGGAUGCAGAUCAGCACAAAAGCAGAUAGCAAGGGGAAAAAAAACAACAAAGGAAACCAAAAAGAUAAACCAACAUAGCGCCAAACGAAAGGGAAAGCUUAGUUGAAGCAUAGUAUAAAAGGGGUCAUCAGUCAUCACCCACAAAGGCUGUGUGGCAGAAGAAAAAACCUACCCAAGUGAAAGAGAUUGGAAGAGAGACUCUUUAGAAUUCACACAAGUCCAACCCGUUUCUUUCUUUGGCUUUACUUCCACUACCCACAAGAGAUAGAGUAUAGAGCACUGAAAAGUCUAUCCUUCCAUCUUAUAUAACUACAUAUCAAACCAAAGUCUGACUCUCCUAAUAUUAUCUCUUUUUGCUUCUUAUUCCCUUUCCAUUCUUCUCCCUCUAUACGACAAGCAUAACCUAGUUUCCACAUCCUUCUUUUUUCUCUCACAAUUCUUCCUUCUUUCUCAUCAAGAAGUAAGGGGAUCAAUAUACGGAAACACCCUCAAAGCUCUAGAAUUUCAAUCGCAAGUUUUUGUCCAAAGAGGAAGAGGGAGAUGUGUGGAUUCAAAGAAGAAGAUCAGGGAGAGUGUUCUCAAACCAUCCAUAACUUCCAAGGCUACCAAGAACAGUUACUUCUCCAACAUCACCAACAAAUGCAACAGCAACAACAGCAGCAAAGCAAUGACAUCUAUGGAGGAGCUAGAGGAUCCGGGUUGAUUUUUCCUGAAGUUUCACCAAUCUUACCAUGGUCUCUUCCUCCAGUCCACUCUUUCAACCCGGACCACUUCUCCUCUCACCCUGUUCGUGACCACGACCAAUUUCUUAUCCCUCCUCCAGUACCAUCAUCAUAUGGGAGUCUCUUCAACAGAAGAGCUCCUGCCCUGCAGUUUGCAUAUGAUGGUUCGUCAAGUGAUCAUCUUAGAAUCAUAUCUGAAACUCUUGGACCGGUGGUCCAACCCGGUUCAGCUCCCUUUGGGUUGCAAGCUGAGCUGGGGAAGAUGACUGCUCAAGAAAUAAUGGAUGCUAAGGCUCUUGCUGCUUCAAAGAGUCACAGUGAGGCCGAGAGGAGGAGAAGAGAGAGAAUCAACAACCAUCUUGCAAAGCUACGUAGCCUAUUACCAAGCACAACCAAGACGGACAAAGCUUCACUGCUUGCAGAGGUUAUCCAACACGUUAAAGAGCUAAAACGUCAGACUUCUUUGAUCGCCGAAACAAGUCCAGUACCUACAGAAAUUGAUGAGCUAACAUUGGAUACAUCCGAUGAAGAUGGUAAAUUUGUGAUCAAAGCUUCACUUUGCUGCGAAGACAGGUCUGAUCUUUUGCCUGACCUAAUAAAGUCCUUGAAAGCGUUACGCUUAAGAACACUAAAAGCUGAGAUUACAACACUUGGUGGGCGUGUGAAGAAUGUUUUGUUCAUCACUGGAGAAGAAGAUUCUUCAAGUAACAGCAAUGAGCAGCAACAGCAGCAGCAACUACCAUAUUCUAUAAGUUCCAUCCAAGAAGCAUUGAAAGCUGUUAUGGAGAAGACCGGCGGUGAUGUGUCUUCUUCAGGGAGUGUUAAGAGACAAAGAACCAAUAUCAAUAUCCUUGAACAACAACAACACAGGUCUCUAUAAUUUUCUAAGAAUACCUCACUCUUCUCCUUCCUUUUUUUUCUUGGUAUUCUUCUCCUUUUCUUUUUCACUUUGCUUGUGGGUGUGUCUUUUUUGGUGUGUUUUUGUGUAAUUUUUCGCCAGUGAACAGAGACGGGUAAUCAUGGUGUGUUUUGUGUACUUACAUCACUCCAAAAUACUAUUUAGGAAAUGUAGGGUGAGAGAUAUGGAUUGUGGUUGGUAUUUCUUGGUGGGAUUCCCUUCUCAUUUUGGUGUGCAUUAUUCGGGUUUGGUUGUGCACACAAGAGAUUGGUGAGAGAGACAGAGAGAGAGAGAGAGAGGGGGGGUGGGCAUGCAGUACACUAGUAGACAAGAAAGAAAGUGCAGAGAUCAGAGGAGAAGAAGAAGAGCAAAGCAGUCCACAUUUUCUAUGUUAGGUUUUGAUAUAAGGUUUCUCUUCUCACGAAAAAAGAUUUUUCCCAUGAAAAACAAUCCAAACUAUACUAUUUUCCUGUCUUUCUCUAGUCAGUUUGGCGGAAUUUAUGGAUCAUCAUAUUCAUAAUAUCAUUGGUGACGAUGUUGUUCUCGUCAUGUGCUUGCUAUGUCCCCACCCACCACCAUCUCUCCAUCUUCUUCUUCUCUUUGAUUAUCAGUACAAUGUUGUUCCACUCUUCAUCAAUUGCCAGUUCUUUUUUAAAAAACCAAAAAAAAAAAAAAAAACGAGAGAAAAAAAAGCCUAAUGAGGUAUGCAUGUUUCGUGGAUCACAAAAGUUUCUGAUGAAUUAAUUAGUAUGAAAAAUUAUUGGAUAAAUUUGCAGUAUAAGUGAAUCUCUUCAUAAAUUAUAAAGAUUAAUUAAUCUUAUACAAAUGAAUCAGUAUUAGUGUAUAUGUAUUUUAUAAUCUAUGGUCUGAUAUCAUUUAGGGAAAGUAGAUGUAUUUUGAGUCUCAUUAUAUAUUUUAUAUUUUAAAUACAUAAUAAAUCAUGUUUAUAUAAGAAAAAUAUAUAUAUCAAAUAUGUAUAACUUUUUUCCUCCUAUCUCUUGCCAUUUUUAAAAGAAAAAAAAUUCUAUUUUCUUUUGUAUUUAUUGUUUAGCCUAACUUGGUAUAGUGGUUAAAAUUAUAUUAUUUAUUUAAUCAUAUUUAAAUUUCCACUUUCUCAAUUUUUUAUUAAAAAAAAGUCAUAUAUAAAGCCAAAUUUGCAACACAGGUGUUGUUUAAUUCCACAUUUGUUUCAGCUCCCUAUAACUGAAAUUUUAAUAUUAAUUUCAAGUGUGAAUAUUAUUUAGGCA